CGAGUGUGCUGGCAGGUUGGACAAGGCAUGAGGAGGCUGCUUGGGGAGGGGUUUUCUUCUUUGCCCCCACCUCUUCGUUUGGCUUUGAUCUGUUGUACGAGGGUCAGAAGACGAAAACCUCAUUACCUAACACUGCUGGAUGUCAACAUUGAUGAACUGGAGGAGAAGCUGUCACUUUGCAGACAGAGCAUGGAGGAAGUGGAUCUCAAACUGCGCAGGGAGAAGCUGAGCCAUGAAGGAAGAAAGUCACUGGAGAGAGAGAGAAACCUACUAAUGACCAAAGCUGACAACUAUGAGAAAGAACUGAGUGUGCUUCGGAAGGAGAAUCGCAAGAAUGCUGCCCUUGCUGUGGCCAUGGUGUUGUUGAUUGCUCUUAUUUACACCUGCUGGACAAUGUGAUUGCACUCAAGAAUUCUCCGUGCUGACCAAAUGACUCUACUGCAAGGAGGCUCUUUCUCAUCACUGCACCUCUCUUAAGGGUGAGGAUCAGCAUUACAGACUGCUGUUCUUGUUUAUUGUCUCCAAGCCUUGCCUCAGGGAAGCUAAAUCUUUUCUGAGCAGAGGGAGCCAGGAGGCAAACCAGGAAUCACAUCACACUCGCACUGGGAAAACAGGUUGAGCAGAACUCAAGCUGGAACUCUUACCCAACCUGCAGUCAAGACCUUCAGGCCUGAUGGAGGAAUACAUUUUUUCCCUUGUUUUCCCUUUUGAAGAGGAUCUUUCUGGUUGCAGACAAGUGCUCACUGCCCAAGCUGGUUAAAAUGCGUGUCUCCUCCUUGGUUGUUGCGUCUCAACCCUAAGUUGAAGGGACACCAAGCUCUUUGAAUCAAUAACCUUGUGUAGCAUGGACACAUGUCCUCAGGACUGAGAUAAACAAAGAUGGUUCUUCCAUUCCAACACGAGAGGACCAGAACCACCCUACCUCUAUAAAAACAGAUGGGAGGCAGGUAUCUCUUACACAGGCAUGUAGCAACCCCCUUGAGAUCUUCAGAUUUGGGCUUUGAAAAUAUCUACAUACCUCCCCUCCGGCGUAUCAGAGUUCAGUAACCAUUUUGUGCCUCAGUCAGCAUUUGCGGAAGAGAUUUUAUUGUCCAUUUUAUUGAUGGAAGUGCCUUUGUAGGGCUUUAAAUAAAUGAAUUAAUUUGA